AUGUCGACAACUACGAUAACUGGAUUAACGACCAUCUUUACCCCUCCAGCGUCCUGUAGCUCCUCUUGGACGUACGAGAAGGAGUUCUACAACAGCAUCCAAGGCGGCUUGCUCUUGCAGAAUGCAGUAUCCGCGAACGUGGACACAGAUUGCUUCCCACCAGGUUUCGCCUAUACUGGAAGAGUACCUUUUCCAACACAGGUAUUCAGCCCUGGAGCAUGUCCAGCUGAGUACGUGACAGCCACGCUAUCCUUCAGUGGGGACAAGUCCUUAGCAGUUUGUUGUCAAAGUGGAUUUUCUUACACCAGCACUUUCAGCCUGAAGGAUCAAUUCAACUCGACCACAGUUCUCUUUGCAGGUUGCACAAGCACUUAUCCUUCUGAGAAUGGCAGCACUGUUGUACCGGCUCGCGACGACCAAAGCUUGACGCUUACCACCGUCACAGGCCCAAUCAUCAUGUGGGGACAGCCGAUCAGCGUCGAAUUCCAGCAGCAAGACCUUACUCUGUUCCCAACAAGCACGACUACGACUAUGGCAACUGCUCAGCCCUCGCAAGCUGCUACUCAAGGUACCGGUGGCCCGACUUCUAUGGUGCCUGGUCCGGCUUCAGACCACAGUGGCCUCUCAAGUGGUGCCGCAGCCGGUAUUGGCAUUGCAGUAGCAUUGUGUGCUCUCGGCAUGAUAGCCGGUAUAAUCUUUCUUUUCUUGCGAAGGCGCAGAACGAAAGUGAAAGGUCAUCCAACCCGGUUCGAGGAUGACAGUGGCAACCAAUGGUACUCGCGGCGGCAGGAGCUUGAAGGAACAUCGUUUGAUAAGAGCAUGCAGAGCUUCACAAAUAUCCAGGAAGUGGACAGGAGAAAUACCAGGGGCCAUCAGGGCCCCCUUUUGUCGAGAUCCACUCCACGAGUUGAGCUUGAAUAG